AUGUCUCAACAAGAACAGCCCUAUUGUGAAGAAAAGACAAAAGUUAUUUGUAUUUGUGGAUCAACAUCUUCGGGAAAGUCAACAUUGGCAAAAGCUCUCAAUAAACGGUAUGGUGUGGUCUCGGUUUGCCAAGAUUUAUGCAGAAGUAAAACGUUUGAUGAAAUUAAAGAUCCGGAAUUGAAAGGUAAUAUGGAAUGCAUGGAAUCAGUGGAUUUCGACAAAUUCGAAAAAGAAAUCAACAACAAGCUCUCAAACUUUAGAAACAAUCGUCUCCUCUUUGCAGAAGGUUAUUUGUCUUGUUGUCAACGAGACCUUGUCACUCGAUGCUUUGACGCCAUCAUUUUCUUGGAUACCACUGAUCGUGAGGUUGCGAAAAAACGAAGAUGGAAUCGAACGAUUACCAAACAUCCAAACCGAGGAGAUGACUUUAAUGAAUUUUCACAAAAAUUCGACUCUCUCAUUUGGAAAUAUUAUGAAAAGUACAGAAAUCUGCAAAUGGAUAAUAUUGUAAAGAGUGGAAAGGAAUUUGUUGUGAUUAGUGUUGAUAAUUUGGCAUCCCAUGAGGUGCUUGAUCGUGCAGUGGAAUUUAUUGAGCUAUUCAAGAAGAAUGAGUUGGAAAAUAUUCGAAACAAUGAAAAUUAUUGUAAACCUCCCUCGUGA